CCCUCCCUCUUGUUUGCUAAUCAUUUCAUUUUACUCCUUUUUGAAGCACGGGCUUGUUUUUUUUAUCCCACUUUUCAUUUUUCCUCAAUCCACGGUGGCUCGCCUCCCUCUGAUCCCCGGCUCUCCCCGCUCCGCUCUCCCGGCGUCAGACUCUCCGGCUCCCGGCUCCUCUGAGAUGCUCUCCCCGCUCUGCGCUCCUCUCUCCGCCCUCUUUUAACUUCACUCUCGGUGCUUUCAAGCCGGGCAGCAGCGAGCAGGGGCUGGGAUCUAAAACAAGCCCGGAGAAACCCAGAGGGAUCCGGGGCUCUUCUCUGGAUCAGGACCCGGUACUUUGGGGAAACUCGCUCGUGUGUCCCCCCCUCACCCCUGCUCCUCCCCUCCUUCCUCCUCAUUGCUCCUCUUCUCUCCACCUUAAUCCAGGUGGUGCUUUGGCUUUUUUGAGUGGCUGGUACAGGGAGGAUUACUCUUCUUCUUUCUUGUUUCUGGUGAAGACAAAGCUCCCAGAAGGACACUUUGAUGUUCUCCAUCCAGGACAGCCUCCCCCGGGGGGCCCUGACCAUGAAGGAGGAGCCGCUCCCCACCGGCAUGACCCCGGUCCGCUCCUGGAUGCAGGGCGCAGGGAUUUUGGACGCGAACACAGCGGCCCAGAGUGGAGUGGGUUUAGCUCGAGCUCACUUUGAGAAGCAGCCACCGUCCAACCUGAGGAAGUCCAACUUCUUCCACUUUGUGCUGGCGCUGUACGACCGACAGGGUCAGCCGGUCGAGAUCGAGAGGACGUCCUAUGUAGACUUUGUGGAGAAAGACAAG